AGAGAGCCCAAGCAGGAACCGACAGCAGCAUGAGCUCCCGCACGCUCAGCCACGCCCUCCGCGGCGGCCUCAGCGUCAACGUGCGUCGCCAGGCGCUGGCCACCCGCGGCGGCCACGCGCACCGCCCGCCCCCGCCGCCGUUCGCGCGCAUCAAGGAGGCGGCCGCGCCGCUGCACGAGGAGGCGGAGCUGGUCUGGAACGACGGCGUGGCCCCCGAGACGCUCAUCGACUUCGACGCGCCGCACAUCCCCAAGUACCAGGCGCUGCGACACUGGCUCUACGGCCUGGGCGCCUUCGCCACGCUCAUGGGAGUCGUGACGCUCUACAACCCGGACUCGUGGCGACAGGCGUCGAAGCGCGGCAACCACCUGCCCGACCUCAAGUGGGAGCUGGGCGAGGCGGACGAGCCCGCAGGAGAGAUGGACGAGUAAGAUGGAGACAGGUGCUGGGAGGCUGGCAGGCUGCUGAUGGAGCGAGGCAGAUGCCAGUCUGCUGGAAGUUGGAGGUCAUCGAACUCGCGUAACAACAGCGCACAAAUAACACAGAAUUUCACAC